AUGGAUAAUAUUUCAGAGCAACGCGCGUGUAUUAAAUUUUGUUUCAAAAUUGGUAAAAAUGCUACGGAAACUUUUGAAUUGAUAAAAUUGGCUUUUGGAGAUUUUGCACUAAGCCGUUGUGUGACUUUUGACUGGUUCAAACGUUUUAAAGAAGGUCGUAUAUCCAUUGAAGAUGACCAUCGUCCUGGGCGUCCAUCAACAUCAAAAACAAAUGAUACCAUUACUCUAGUUCGAGACAAAAUUAGAUCCGACCGAAGAUUAACUGUCAGAGAAGUAGCUAAUGAAGUUGGCAUAUCAAUUGGUACUUGUCAUUCGAUUUUAUCAGAUGAAUUGGGUAUGAAAAGAGUGUCCGCAAAAUUAGUGCCAAAAUUGUUAACCGAGGAGCAAAUGGAACAUCGCAUUGAAGUGUGUUUGGAUUUAAAAAAUCGGGUUUCUAAUGACCCAAGUUUUAUCAAAUCAAUAAUUACGGGCGAUGAAACAUGGGUGUAUGGAUAUGAUCCCGAAACCAAGGUCCAAUCAUCGCAAUGGAAGACCGCAAGUUCACCUCGUCCAAAAAAAUUUCGUCAGGUCCGGUCAAACAUCAAAGCAAUGCUCAUAGUUUUUUUUUGA